AUGGCCAGUUAUUAUGAUGAACUUGGUAUUCAACCAAACAGUCAUAAGAAGAAAAAGACAUACGAUGUCGAUCUCGAUGCAUUCAUGAACCCAGCAUCCGGAUCUAUAUCAAACACCAGCUCAUCAACCUUGGGAGACAUGCGUCAUGUGGAACAGCUCCUUCAAACGGCUAGGCAAGGGCUUGCGUUCUUUGGCCAAUUCCGACAACAGAUGCGAACAGGAGGUGAUGUUGAUCAGGAAAGAUUCCUAGACGAUCUUGUUUCACAGUUAUUAGAAGAGUCUCAAAAUGAAGCCAAGGGCCCUCCACCUGCCUCAAAAAGAUUCAUUGAUACCUUACCGAACCUGAACAAAAAUACAUUAGACAAGGAGGAGAGUUGUAUUAUUUGUAAAGAGAACCUUAGAUCAAGUGAUCAUACUGUCACCCAAUUGCCAUGUGGGCAUUUAUUUGAUCUAGAAUGUAUUGUUCCUUGGUUACAGUUGCAUCAUACAUGUCCUAUGUGUCGACACAAAUUUGAGACAGAAGAGCAGGUGAAAGAAGAAGAGGAAGAAGAACAACGGAGCUGGAUGUAUGGCUAG